UACACAUCCGAACGGCGCUGCUGAUUUUCCUUCGGAUGUCCUACCCUGGAAAUCCUGUUCUCCUAACUGCGAGGUCUUUUAUCGACUCCACCGCCGGGAACUGGAAUGCCAAUACUCCACCGGACAUCAAGGUGGCAGAGAGGGUCAGGCCGCUUGUUGAGAGGGAUACAAAAAAUGGCGAAAAGCCCAUCUGGAAGACACAGGAAUACAGAAUAAACAUGGAGUCUAGAAACAUCACCAGAUAUCCCAUACUCGACCAUGUUUUUGACUACAGUAGCACCAACCUUCAGGUCUAUCAACAGUACUGCCAUCCGAUUGUGGAGUCCGUCAUGCUUGGCUUCAAUGGGACCAUCUUUGCGUUUGGUCAAAUGGCGUCUGGGAAGUUUCAAACCAUGAUGGGAAGUAUCGAGCAGCUGGCCUUAUUUUCUUAAGAAUUGAUGCUAUCUUCGACAUCAUCCAAAAAAUGCCUGAAUGGGAGUGCUUGGUACGAAUCUCCUACAUUGAAAUCUACAACGAAAACGUCCGGGAUCUUUUAGACAAAGACUCUGAAAAAAAACAUCUACAGAUUAGGGACAAUGUUGUGAGUGCUGAAAGUUAAAAAUAAAACGAACAUAAGAGAUUGUGUUGCCAUUUA